UGGUAGCGGUACAUAAAAUUGCCCUUACUUUAAGAAUUCACUCCGAAGCGGAAACUUUUGAAACCCCCGGCUCUCACCAACUUUCAAUUUCAUUGCGGUGUGGACUUGCGACUCGCCAGCUAAUGCCUUUCACAGUGAAGCCCACGCUCUCACAUGCGUUACAAAAGCAGAGAUAUAAAGUAGUAAAAGUUGCCAAAGAAGCAGUCUUUCGCGUACAUACACAGAAAACGCAGAGUCAGAGCACAACAUUCAAAAAAAUUCGCUUUUCUAAUGUCUUUUACCUUUGGCGGUUAUGGGUGGUGGAAGAGUUGAAGUUGUAAGUAGCAAGGGAUGCUCUGGACUGUUUUCACCUUCAUUGCCUUUAUUCAGGGCUUUGCAUCUGCAACCUUUGGAGCCAAUGACUCCUGUUUCAUCUUUUCACGGUUCUGAACCAGCGGAAGGACGAUCAAGUGCUCCUUUUGCUGGUCUCGUUAUAUGCGUAACCGGUCUAUCUAAAGAAGCAAGGAAACAGGUCAUGGAGGCGACAGAGAGAUUAGGUGGCCAAUAUAGCCCCCAUUUACAUCCCCAGUGUACCCAUUUGGUGGUUCAGAGCUUUGGUGGGCGUAAGUUUGAGCAUGCACUGAAGUACGGCGCAAGAAAUGGUCUUUUUAUUGUCACACUGGGUUGGUUUGUCGAUAGUGUUAGAAAAAAUGUGAGGUUGAGUGAAUCACUUUACAGUGUAAAGAAUUAUGGCAAUAACAAUACGAACUUGGAUGAUUAUAAACUGCUUUCCGGGUAUACGAAUGCUGAAAAUUCUUGUCUUCCUGCAAGUUUUCUUGAAAGCAAGCAAAAUGAUAAAGCUGAAGAAUUUCAAAGAUUUUCUGGGCGUGAGUCUACCAAGAAUGUGGAUCUGCCUUUGUCUGGUUGCUCGAUAUAUGUGGAUCCAGACAUCUCACCUGAAUUGCGAACUAAGGUUGUCGAGACUGCUUCCAGGGAAGGUGCCAGUUUGACUGAACAGUGGUUUGCUGGUUGUAAUUCUAGUCAUGUGGUCACUGAAGGGGCAUCAAUUCAAAGAUAUCUUGGAUAUUCUAGUAACUUUGUUACACCACUCUGGAUUCUAAAAACAGCUAAAGAGAAACAAGUGCAAAGGCUUGUUCACAUGUCUGCUGAUUUGGCGAGGCAAGUGGGUUUGAUGCUUGAGGACAUUCAUAAUGGCGUUACAAAGGAGGAAUCACUUAAGCAUAAUCUCUCUGAAGAUCUUCAGGGCGUUAAAACCAAAGGAAGUUACAAAGAAAGGCAGCAAAUUGUGAACUCUGCAAAAAUAGAUGUUAGAAAUCGCCGUGGUCGUCGAAUGCAGACUUGUCAGACUCCAAUGCGUCCUAUAACACCUAACAACCUUCUGGAUUCCAUCUGCUGGUCAAUAUCUGAACCAACUUCAACAGCUUCGAUUUACACUGACUCUUUCAGUGCUGAAGAUCCUAGUGAAAAUCAUUUUUCAACCUUUUGUGAUGCAAACGGGGUCGUCAAAGAUUUAGAAGCUUCAUUUUCAAACGGUACUCAACCUCUAAGAGAAAGUGAGAAAUCUGAACUGAUAUUUAAAAACCAUUUUCUUACCAUUCUCUUUCCAAUUGAUCGAUUUGCUGAGAUGGGUCCUUCGUCAAGAACAUUUUUCAGUCACAACGGUUUUACAUGCCAGCAGGUGUUGGAUCAUAUAUAUGCAUUUUAUCAGGAGAAUCUGUUAGCCCAUGAAAUAGAAGCUGCAAUUCAUACUGAUUCGAGACAUGCUGAUAGGCUUCGAUCAGUGUACUCCAGUAAAGAAACAGCAGAACGUGGGGUUGUGGUGUUCAAAAGGAUUGAUUUCUUGGGUAGUCGUACGAGUUUUGAAAUGUUGAAACGUGUGAGUGGGGACAACAACUCUAACGUCUACGAACUAUUACUCAGGGCCUAACAGGCUAACACCAUUCAACUCCAACUCGGACUUUUACUGCCAGCUUGAGUUGUGUUCUCUGCAGCCUAACCAAAUGUAUGUGAGCCGAUAAAAUAAUUGAAUCAAGAGAAAAUAGCGAGAAGGCUGCAAAAAGGCAUGUAUGAGAAGUUACCAGAGUCAGGGUCCAAGAUUAUAAUGCUUGAGUAUGUAAAUAAGAGCUGUAUUUGCUUUCCAACACGUUUCUAAUACAUGUAGAAGCAACUAGGAUGAGUGAGCAUUGCAUAAAAUGAAACAAUGAAUUACAUUCAUUGCUUAUAACCCAUUACUCGUACAAGCAACUAGGAUGAGUCCGAACGCCACAUGUAUUUUUUGAAAAAAGAAAAUGCACAUAUAUCAUCCAUGACUUGUGUAAUUAUUUUAAAUCAUAUAGAAAGAGGGUUGUGGCAUCUUAAAUUAUCUGUAUUACAUGCUGCUCAAAAUAUCUUGGAUUUGGUAUCAGUAAGUUAAACAUAUAAUGUAAAAUUUACAGUUAUGAACAAUAGAACUUGUAUCGUGCUUUAACAUGGUAUUUUCCCAUCGCUGAAUCCCUGGAUGGAGACGCAGAUACAUAUUAACAAGGCAAAGCCACAGCUGCUGAUCGACUUAUAGAUGGAACAUACGGUACUUUGGUUAACUGGUGACGCUAGCAUAGGUUCUUAAGCGUUCAAUUGUUCGUUAGGGUCCUGCACUCAUGAACGAGCAUUUGCAGUGCGCACUGGAAAUUGGCAAAAGUGAAUUGUUCUAUCAUGUAAUUGAAUUCUAUCAGUUACAUCUGAAUCAAUAAGAAACAAAAGGGCUUUUUU